CAAGCGGUCACAGAAGUUUCCUGUUUUUCGUUUGGCAGCUGUGCGUCUUGAAGUGAGCGAUAGGUGGCGCGUUUGCAAAUCGCAGUGAACUUCAUUUCGUUGUGACGGACUCGUGAAGAGGCGAGUUUUACAAAAAGAGAGACAAGUGUUGUAAGUGUUUUGAAUUUUUGAUCCUUCCCCGUAGGCGUUGAUGAUAUCGAUAGCGUGUAAUCAUACCCGUUCAGUUCCUUAACUACGAAUCCAGUUUAGGCAUGUUGAUUGAGUGACGUAAUCAAAGUACAAAUAUCGCAUAUCAACGAAUAUUUUUCUUACACGAGACAUCGAAUGUGAAAAUCAAAUAUUAAGUGAUAAGGCUAAACGAAGUGAAAACGACAAUUCUUCAGCACCCUGGGCGUUCAUAAACGUCGUUCGCGUAAUUCAAAGUGUGAAUCCGGAAUUUGUGUGCUUGGCACUCUGUCGUCUGUCAAUUGUUUCUCCUUUACCCACCUGUAAAAUAUUAACAUAGAAGAUUGAAAAAUGGCUACAGACUCCGGCGAAGGCGAUUACCUCGGUGCGUAUCGUCGGUUUUUCGAACACUUUGUCGCCCAGGUCGACCCCGAAGAUCAAUUACCUGUAAAAGUCAGCUCGUACGAUCUCACGGAAGCUGAGAUCAGCGGGGAAAUAAUAGACUGGACGCUACAGUAUCUCAAUCAAAAAUAUUGUCCACCUAGUCUGCAAUCAUACCUUGUCCACUUGGUAUUGGAUGAAGUGAAGCGGAUGUGCAGUAAACAGUCGGAGGCAUGUGAAUGGCGAUUUCAGGAUAACACUUUCGCACCGCUUAGACUGAUGCAGGUUGUGAUUGGUAAGGUCAAUGAGAUCUGCCUACGUUAUUUGGAAAACAGUAGGUUAGCGUUACUGCCACCUCCUCCAUCCACCCCAAUUCCGUUGGUCUCGAGAUGCGCCAUCAAAAAUAGCAGGCGAAAAAUGGAAGAUCGUCAUGUGGUCAUACACGACUUACACACCAUAUUCAGUAUUAAGGAUGAUUCUGCGGGACAUUACUAUGCGGUCUUUGACGGGCACGCUGGGCAAGAUGCGGCGGUAUAUUGUGCAGCUCAUCUUCAUCAGUAUUUAGCGGAGAGUAUUCAUUACCCUACAGAUCCGGAACGUGCCUUGCGAGAUGCUUUCCUUACCACAGACGCACAUUUUAUUGAAAAAUCAAAUAAACAGAAUCUCAACAGCGGGACAACGGCAGUCUGUGCUUUAUUGGCAAAAAGAAAGCUUUACAUCGCUUGGGUGGGUGAUUCUCAAGCCGUGCUUGCUAAACGAGGCCAGAUAACUCAACUUGUAAAUCCGCAUAAACCUGAUAGAGAUGACGAACGGGAGCGUGUAAACGAUAUGGGAGGAGCAGUCAUCCAUUGGGGAAUAUGGCGCGUAAAUGGACAGCUUGCAGUUUCAAGAGCUAUAGGUGACGUGCAGUACAAGCCGUACGUAACAGGGGAUCCGGAUGUAAGAUGUAUCCCUCUGGAUGGGACAGAAGACUUCUUAAUCGUUGCGUGCGACGGUCUCUGGGAUUUCGUCAGCGAGGCCAUGGCUACGACCCUCGUGUAUCAACAACUGCGAGAAGAUCCUCGUGACCUUGAAGUCGUUAGUCAACGUCUUGUGUACUUUGCAAGGAGCCAGGGAUCGACUGACAACAUAUCAACGAUCGUCGUAUUCCUGACGGAUCCUUGUCAGAUCGCGGCACGACAUCCAUCAUCCCAUCCGCUGCUCGCGGAUGUCCAACUGAACAACAUGGAGUCGACGAAUCCUUUCCUCAGUAACGCCAACGGUCUGCAAUUCGACGAGAAUCCGUUCGGCAAGCAACAUCAGCAACAGACCAACGGCACGUGUGGCGCUACUGAUAACGAUGACAACCAUCGUUACGACGGGCAUUUCGACCCAACGAGCAACGGGAAACAUCCGAAUGGCGCAACCCAGUACGAAAGUAACGCUGCCAGUCCAUCGCGGAACAACGACCAGGACGACGACGACGAGGAUGACCUUGGUCCCGAAACCGACGUCGACGCUGUAGACGAAGGUCUCGUACCAGUACCAUCUAACGAGAACAUCUCGCGCGAGCUUUUCCCCGAAGAAAAGCACCGCGAUGACCAGGAGCUAUUCGAAUCCAAAAGUGAAACGGUUGUUUCGCAUUUGCCUGCAGAACCUGAUCAGCAUGCAGUAAUACCUGAAGCAGAUAAUGUAGCAGAUAGCGAGGACUCUGAGGACGAGUGGAACUAUUAUCCGAACAAGGAAAAGGAGCAAACUACGCCUGAAGAGGUGGACGAACACAAAAACGAUAAGGCGACAACCAGUGUCAAGCCUACGAACGAAGCAGUCGAUUGUCAAAACGAAAAUCAAUUGUCAGAAGCUGGGGGCUUUGGCAAAGAGGAUUUACUGGAUAACCACAAGGAAAUAAAUAAGACAGAGCAAAUUGAUUCUGAUAUUUGUGCCAAACAAAAAUUGCAAGUGGAAUUCGCGACAAGCGAAGCAGGUCAAGAAGACAUGGAUUUCCAACUAAAUCCAAACGCAGCGGAAUUUGUCCCGGUUUCUCCUCCAAAAGCUCUAUCAACCAGGACAGGCUUGAACGAUGAUUUCCUCCUGUCAGGGUCACCCCAAAAGCAGACCCCUGAAAUGGAUGACAUCUCAGUUCCCAGUCAAGGAGAGUUUCAGAUUGAAGUGUCCCUCCGCCCCCAUGAAACUGAACAUUCAAACGGUGAGUCCACCAAGGAUUUGCUGCAGUCUGAAUUCACAGAUUACUUGAUGGAUCGGCAAAAAAGCGGAAACGUGACCUGCCUCGGCUUGGAUGAGUCCGAAAUAUCAUCCACGAAAGCCGAAUUUGGUGACGAAUCAACGACUAGCUUCAUUACAGCAACGGAUUUCCAGAGAACCGGAAUAUCUGUCACAGACGACUCAUUUGGUGGUUCUGAACGUGAAGAUUACGACAUUUCCAAAGAUCCUAUGGCAAUGUCCUUUACACCAGGCGAUUUUCAGGCAGCAUUUGAAAAGGACUGUGACUUGAACGUCGUACACCAGCUUAACGACUCGGACCUAAUCGGCGAUGGGGACGAGGAAAAUAUAGGAGCUGUAAACAACGAAGGUCUCACUGCUCAGUCACCCGAACUUCAUCCAGAGCUUACAACUCUUGUCACCCCUGGCUCCGAUCACCCUCCACCGACAGCCGCUUUCCCGGAUAGUAGAGACGAACCAAUGGUCGAUUUCUUAGGCGAAACGGUUGAGAAAAACGAAAACCUGACUGGGACGAACAUAUCAAAUCCAGGCUCACCGGAACCAUUGAUAGCAAAUGAGACUAGCCUGAUGUCUGGAAUGGUGGAGUUGAUUCCACCCUUCAGUACAGCCUCCGGUAACCUUGUUAGCACGGCGUCACCGCAAAAUUAUUCAGGAGACACAGGAUAUCAUGCUGUAGACUCUUUCUCAAAGCUUGAUAGUGGCACCACUCCAGAACCAGCGCCGCAUGUUUUCUGUACGACACUCGACGAAGCGAAGGCUUUCGGUACAUCGACGCAAAUUGAUAUUGAAACUAACAUUUCCCCGGUUCCCAAAAUUCUUACGUCAGCCUUGGCGGGUAUGGAAACCACCAGCUACCAGGAGAUCUCAACCUCCCCGAAGCCCGCCGUUUCCUCGUCACCGAAUUUAGCAUCGCUUGCGGCUGAAGAUGACACAACUUUAUCAAGUCAGGAUAAAGUUAUCGAAAUUUCUAAAUGUUUUUCAUUCACUGAAACCGAGAACAAAGAAUUCCGAUUAUCACCACCACCCACGAGCGAACCUCCGGUUGAGAAAGGGGAUGCAUGUGACUCGCGAAAAGAAGAGUUGGAUUCAGUUCUUAAUUCUGACGUAAGAAAACUUUCAACUUCGUCUGAGGAUAUUCCUAUCACACCACCCGUGGCUCAGGAUGAAUCAUGCCUCAAUGAAGAGGUCAAUACUUCUCCUGAUGAGCAUUUCAAGCUUGUGCUGGAUGAAACGUCAACCCACGAAUCACCAAAUACUGACAUUGAAAAACAGAAAAUUCUUGAAGAAUAUCAGUCUGAAAUCCCUGAGAAAGAGGUCCUACACGAAUCACCGUCACUCAACAAGUCAGCCAACGAUUUGGCGCAAGGCACACUUCUCCUUAAUUCCACACAUCAACCGCUCGGCAACGAUAACAUUGCGCCGGAAGUAUUGGUGGCAGAGCCGAUUACACGGGAAGAGAUUGCACCAGCACUGUCUUCUGAAGUCGCAGUUUCAGAAGACAAAGCUUUCGAACUUAGAGACGAAGCAUGGCAGGAAAAUAACAUUAGUACAGAGGUGGAAUUGCAUAAGGAAAUCGUACUGGACAAGGAAGCAAUUGCUCCGGAAAAAGAAGUAUCCGAAGGAGUACCAGAAACUCUGGAGAACCUUAUCAAUAAAGAACCAAAAAUUGACACACCAGUUAUGAACCUAUCCGAAUCUAUGCAGGAAUUCACCGGCUUGGAACAACAAUUGAACCCUGAGCUACAUCCCGUUCCUUCAUCAAACGGAAUGAUUGUGGAACCCGAAUUGAAAACCGAAUCUCAAAGCCUGGCUCUUGAACCUGUUGAAAAUUUAGUUGAGAAGAGAACUGAAGUGAAAUACAACGAUUCUAGGGAACUAGAAGAGAGCGAGAAGGUGGAGAAAAUUGGAGAAGUUGAAAAGAGUGACAAAGCAGAGCCAAAGACUGAUGAGUUAUCGCCUUGUGCAACGCUGUCUCCAACCGUGGCCUCUGUCGCUGCUGCAGCAGCAGCCGUGGCAACAACAGUUACAGCUUCAGCAGCUACGAAAACAGCAAAGGUGAAACCUACAACUAAAACAGGAUCCAAAACUCCGGCACCGGCGAAAAUAACAAACAAAUCAACACCAACUUCUCCAACAAAAAGUGUCGGUGCAGCUCAGCGGGUGGUCGGAGCUUCGGCACCAAAAAGAUCGGUUACCGGUAGCACAACAUCUCGUCCCAAACAUCUGGAGACUGCCAAAACGUCUGUCACUGGCACGAUUAAUAAAUCUCCAGCAGUAAAAGCUCCUGCAAAAGUGGCUCCUCUGACGAAGACGUCUACAGCUCGCACCAGUGUAUCCUUAACAGCAGCACCCAGGUCGAAACCAACAAGCACUAUUUCUAAACCUACUCCAAUUACCAGUGACAAGAAAUCCACAGCCAACGGUGACGUGAGAACUUCAAGUAAGUCAGCUCCUUCUAAACCAGCAACCCGUUCUUCGACAGGUUUGUCAACCACUGUCUCCAAAACUACAACGAAAACAUCAGCAACAGCUCGUUCAACUUCUACUACGUCUACUACAACAACAUCAAGACCGAAGUCCGUUCCCGCCACAACUACGACUGCAAGACCUAAGCCAACGAGCACCUCUGUAUCUUCACCUCGUCCAAAGACCGCUACAACUACCGGGGUGACUGGGCUUGUAGCAAAACCAAAAUCUGCUGUGCCAAAAUCUCCAGCAGCUGACAAACUGGCAAAAGAAACAACGAAUAAACAAUUGUCUUCGGCCCGCACAAAUGCAUCAACACUGACCAAAACUGGACGCUCUUCGGUAACAGGUACGAGCACCACUUCAAUCACCGCUAAACGAAACCUGACAAGUAAAAAUACUCCUCCAGCUACCACACAGCCGCAAAAAAAACCUGCUCCCAUAACGAGACCAGGAGGAAAAUUGUCAGCGGUAAAAAAUUCAACAACAAAGACAACAAUAACGACUACAAUAGAGGCCGAACAUGUCCAGAACGGAAUUACUGAAGUGCAAGAGCAGAAGACGAUGAUAUCAACUAGUACCAUCGAAGAAGACGUACCGCAAAAGGAUGCAUCUCUGGUCACAUCAUCGACUGAUAAUCAGCUUAUUAUGACUGCUGACUGAAUACGACUUGGAUCGUCAAAGUAUUACAACAAGGACCAUUACGCACAAGUGCGCAUACUUAAUUUCGGAAUAGCUUGCGCCGAUAGUAUACGCUGCGCUACUGUAGUUUUCUUAUGAGUUCGAAAUGUGAAUUGAAAACCCACAAUGCAUUCACAGUAGUAGAUAGGAAAGUGAAGAGUAAAAAUUUAUACUAUAAUAUUUACGUAAUGGUAAGAAUUAAAGCAAACAAACAAACAAAGAAAAAAAAAAAAAAAAAAAAAUUAAAAAAAAAACGAAAAACGGAAAAAUAUCUAUCAAUUCAUAAUUAAGAAAGUUAAGUAUACCUAUGCUACAUAUAAACAAACACAAUAUACUAUUGCUUAACUGCUUCGGUGUGCUGUGGAGUUGCAUUGAUAUAUGGAAAAUCGAGGUGAAAGAGGAAGGCUUGAAACCUUUGUUGUGUAAAUAAUCAGACAUGUUUGAGAAUUACUUAUUAUUAUAACGAUACAAUAUUUUGAGAGUACAUAAUUUCGAGGUGCUCGUUUUAGGUGAUCUGCGUGCGGUAUAAUAAUUAUUAUUUGAAAAGAUUUCAUGACGCAAAAAUUUAAACGAAAUUAUCUAAACAUGAGAAAAAUAGAAAAGAAAUAUA